UAAGAAGGAACAAAUUUGCACAUGCGUGCGGAGAUGAAGAAAAGAGUUUUAAGAAAUCGAUUGACAUUCUAGUGUAGUGUGCUUUUACUUUUUAUUAUCUUGUGGACGGACGGUGGUCUCUGUGAACGUUGAAUUAGAAACACUCUCUUCUCUUAUUUAUUUGAUAGCAACGCUGCGUUAUCGAUUUUGUUAAAAGAAACCAGUUAAUAAGAAAUAUAAGUAAACAGUAAAAUUAUAAAAAGAAAAAAAUUUAUAUAUAUACAUAUAGUUUCAAGUGAUUAUAUAUAAAUUUAUAUAAACAUAUUCCCUUAAAUAUGUUCUCCAAUAUUACAAAUCAAUUCACCAAUUUGGUGGGUGCUGUGAAAGGUGGCCAAGGUGAGGAAGGUGAAGUUGCUAAUCAACCUGAAACUCAGGCUCCCGUUACGACACAGCACGAGGUGCCAGUUGUUCCAGAUGCGGGUGCUGAAGCAGGACUUGAAGGUGAUGAUGCUGCCAAAAGAAAGUCUUCUUUGGUAGAUACGAUUAUAAAAGAAACAACCGGAUGGUUGGGCAGUGCAAAAGGUUGGCUAGGCAGUGCUUCCAUACCUUCAAUGCCGGCUAUGCCUUCAAUGCCUUCCAUACCGUCGAUGCCAGCCAUGCCCUCCAUGCCAUCGAUGCCUUCAAUUCCUGGCUUGCGUAAAGGAAACGAAGAAAUGGGAGCUGCAGAUGAAACAAUCGCUGCCAGCGAAAAUCUAUCCGCAGCAGCCGCUGGUGGCGUGGCUAAUUUGGGUGUUGAUGAUGAAGACAAAUCGAGGUAUAUUAGCGCUACAGAAGGAGCCGACUCCCAUCCAGCUUCCGGCGGAGGUACACCAACCAACGAUGAGGGUCAAAUAGGACAGGGUAAGGGAGAAGAGGUAAAAAUUACCACAAAAGUAACACAACAAGCCAAACAUUUUGGUUCAUUCCUAACUUCAGCCAUUAGUAAGGCUGGCACACGGAUUAAGGAGACAGUCAAAGAAAAUCCUAUUUUGGAAUCGUUCAAUAAAGAGCAAGAGGCAUUUAUUAAAGGUCAAGCUGGUAAUGGUGGCCAAGGUGUGGCGCCAUGGGUCGGCCAUGCCAAUGAGGCAAAAAUUAAAGAAGAAAUCUUGGGCCUGUCACAAGAUAGACGCAACUUUGUGCGCGCUCCUCCAGCUGGCGUCGAUUUCGACUUCAACUACGACACCGCUUAUCCUACAGCUGUAUCCAUUAUGGCUGAGGAUAAAGCACUGGAAAAUAUGCGCUUUGAAUUGGUGCCCAAAAUUAUAACAGAGGAAAACUUUUGGAGAAAUUAUUUCUACCGCGUGUCUUUAAUAAUCCAAGCAGCCGAAUUAGGUACUUUAGGUGAGGAUGGUGUAGCACAAGCUUCUAGUGGUGAAGAUGCUUUAGAGACUGUUACCGAAACUAAACCAUUAGGAAAUAUAAUGUCCGCAUCAAAAGUAGAAGAAAUUUUAUCAAAAAGUCCUCAUUUAAAUACGCAAGUAAUUGAGUCAAUGUUGCAUUCAAAGCAUAAUUCGGAUUCUGAAUUUGUUUCCGAUGCUUUUCAAUCAUCCAAUGACAAUGAAAAUGAUCUUGAAGAAAUUAAAGAUGGCAUGCGUCGACUUGGCAUAAACAGUAUGACGCAAGUACGGCAAUCACAGCUGUCUGCACAGGCGCAACAAACGAUUUUGAGUAAUGAUGAGGAACAAUGGGAAAAGGAUUUAGAAGCUGAACUGAAAGAAUAUGAAUUUGUUGAUGACGUUUCCAAAAAGUCAGCAGCGACUGAUAAGACAACAAUAACAAAAGCAAAUAUAAAUUUGGAAAAUGAACAAGAAGAGGAAGAAUUACCGACACUAUCAAAUUUGCGCACACGUUCGACGAACAACGAUUGGGAAGAAUAUGCCGAUCUAAUUGAAGAUACCGAUGAUUUAAAAACUUUAAAAACUUUAAAACGUACCAUGCUGGGCUAUAGUUAUCUAUGAGAUAAUGAUUACUUUUUAUAUAAACAUAGCUUUUUUCCUGUGUUUAUUCUUUAUCAAUUAAUUCAAUAAUUAAUUCAAUUUCUUUCAUAAGGUAUUAAUUUUUAGCACAUAUAAGCUUAAACUGAGCAAAACGAUACAGUGACCUUUUGUUCCUUACACAAAAAAAUCUAAACGUUAGUAAAUAGAUAAAAAAAA